AUGGGCAAAUCCAACAGCAAGUUGAAGCCUGAAGUUGUGGAGGAGCUGACCAGGAAAACCUACUUUACGGAGAAGGAGGUGCAGCAGUGGUACAAAGGCUUCAUCAAGGACUGUCCCAGCGGGCAGCUGGAUGCUGCUGGCUUCCAGAAGAUCUAUAAACAGUUCUUCCCCUUCGGGGACCCAACCAAAUUCGCCACCUUUGUUUUCAAUGUCUUCGAUGAGAACAAAGAUGGGAGGAUUGAGUUCUCUGAGUUCAUCCAGGCGCUGUCAGUCACCUCCCGGGGAACGCUGGACGAGAAGCUGAGGUGGGCGUUCAAGCUGUAUGACUUGGACAACGAUGGCUACAUCACCAGGAACGAGAUGCUGGACAUUGUGGAUGCCAUUUAUCAGAUGGUGGGGAACACAGUGGAGCUUCCUGAGGAGGAGAACACACCAGAGAAGAGGGUGGAUCGGAUCUUUGCCAUGAUGGACAAGAAUGCAGACGGGAAGCUGACGCUGCAGGAGUUCCAGGAGGGCUCCAAGGCUGACCCCUCCAUCGUGCAGGCUCUGUCCCUCUACGAUGGGCUCGUAUAG